AUGUCUGAGCGCGAUGGAUUUGGAGACGGGCUGUGCAGCGACGGAGCGCCGGACUGCAUGCCGCCCAGAGUGUCCCGUGGCCGGCGGAGUGGUGUCAUCCUCCCCGGUGGCGGCCAGGACACCGACACCAUCCUCCUGGAGUCGGUGAAAGCAGCACCGCGCCGGAGCAGCAUCAUUAAGGAUCCCUCAGUGCAGAAGAUGGGCGGAGGCAGAAAGAAGACUGUGUCCUUUAGCAGCAUGCCCUCAGAGAAAAAGGUAAGCAGUGCAGCAGACUGUUUGGCGUUCAUGCAAGGUGGAUGUGAACUGAAGAAGAUCAGACCCAACUCCAGGGUCUACUGUCGUUUCUAUACCCUGGAACAUGACCUGAGCUGCUUACGCUGGGAGCCGUCUAAGAAGGAUGCGGACCGGGCUCGACUGGAUGUCUCUAGCAUCCGGGAGGUCCGCACAGGGAAGAGCACUGAGACCUUCCUCCAUAAUGGUCCCCUCUCUGAACACCUGGCUGAGGAGGCAGCUUUCUCUAUCAUACAUGGGGAUGAUUACCAGACUCUGGACUUGGUAGCCUUGUCCGCAGAUGUGGCCAACAUUUGGGUGACAGGCCUUCGUUACUUGCUGGCUCACCCCUCUAUCAUUGGUGGGGCUGCAGGAUUUGGUGGAGGCGGAGGGCUGGGUGAAGGAGGGGGCGUGUCAGUAGAAGGAAGCCUGGGAAGCAAAAUGAGGAGUGAGUGGCUGAUAGCGGAGUUCGCUCAAGUUGAUGAAGACGGCUACGGCAUUGUGUCAGAGGAUGUGGCAGUUGCCACCAUCUGUAAACUGUGCCCUGGUAUCAAGGAAACCAAGGUACGUCUGCGUUUCAAGGAGAUCCAGCGCAGCAAGGAGAAGUUGACCUCCCAUGUGACAUGCGAGGAGUUCCAGGAGGCGUACUGCGAGCUUUGCACCCGGCCUGAUGUGUACUUCUUAUUGGUGCAACUGUCGAAGGACAGGGAGUGCCUGGACCCUCAUGACCUACGCCUCUUCUUGGAGACAGAGCAGGGUUUGUCUCUGGCUACAACCGAGGGCUGCUGGGAGCUCCUGAGGCGCUAUGAGCCCUCAGCCCAGGGAAAGGAGAGGGGGCUGUUGGGUCUGGAUGGAUUUGCCAGGUACCUGCAGUCCCCUGAGUGCCAACUACUUGACCCAGAGCACCUGGGGGUUUGCCAGGACAUGAACCUGCCUCUAUCUCACUAUUACAUCAGCACCUCGUACCGGUCCUACUUGCUGGAUGACCAGGUCCACGGGAGAGCAGACAUAGGAGGACUGAUCAAGGCCCUGCAGUCCGGCUGUCGAUGCCUGGAGCUGGGAGUGACUGAUGGCCCAGAGGGAGAACCUCUUCUUGGGGUUGACUAUGGUCCUGAAAUCCCUCGUCACCAUCAUCACCACCACCAUCACCACCAUCAUGCACCUGUCACUGUUCGCUCUGCUUUGGAGGUGGUCAAUAAGUACGCCUUCCUGACCUCUCAGUACCCACUCUUGGUGUACUUAUGCCAGCGUUGCUCCCCUGCCCAGCAGCACACCAUGGCACAACACCUAAAGAAGGUUUUUGGCUCCCGUCUUUACACUCCAGAGGCCCUACCUGUCAGCUUGGGAGGACGAGCCACAACCUUACCUUCCCCUGAACAGUUGAAGGGACGCGUCCUUAUAGUGGCGAAGAAGCUCCCUCCAGAGUAUGAAGGCUCUGAUGGGGAGAUAUCUGAGGAGGACGAGGAGAUAGGAGGAGGAGGGCCUUUGGCAGGACGUCGAAUGACCAUCCCGGGUGAGGAGGAACUGGGUGUGGUCUUGGUGGUGCCUCCACCCUCCCAACCCAGGAAGCUCCGCCUUCACAAAGAGCUGUCAGACCUGGUUGCCAUCGCUCGGACAGGCAGCCGCAGCUUCUACGCCCAAAGAGCGACUUACAAACAGGCUCAGCAGCAGUCACCACCGAGUAGUCCCUGCUCUCCCAGCACACCCAUGCCUCCCGAACUGCCCUAUUGGACACUGUGCUCCCUGGGUGAGGGAGAGGCAGGGCGGCUGACCAGUGAGAGCCCAGAGGACCUUGUUAUGUUCACCAAGCGCACCCUAACCAGGGUGCGGCCCAGCUCAGUGCGCCUGGACUCCAGUAACCCCAACCCACAAGGUUACUGGAAAGGAGGGGUCCAGCUCGUGGCCUUAAACCAGCAGACCCCUGGUGCCAUGCUGGACCUUCACAGAGGUCGCUUCUCACAGAACGGGGGGUGUGGUUAUGUUGUCCGACCUGCUGUAAUGAGGGAUGAGGUGUCGUAUUUCAGUGCCCACACACAGGGUUGCGUGCCAGGCGUGCCACCUCAGACUCUACGGAUUAAGGUUAUCAGUGCCCAUAACCUGCCUAAGCCUCAGGGAUCGGGGGCUAAGGGAGAGGUUAUUGACCCAUAUGUUGUUCUGGAGCUACAUGGUGUACCGGCUGACUGUGCUGAGCAGCGGACUCGCACUGCUGCACAGAACCAGGAUGAUCCACUGUUCGAUGAGACCUUCGAGUUUCAAGUAAACAUGCCAGAGCUGGCCUUGCUGCGCUUUGUGGUAUUAGAUGACGACUACAUCGGAGAUGAUUUCAUUGGCCAGUACAGCGUGGCCUUUGAGUGCCUUCAGCCUGGCUACCGCAAUGUCCCCCUGCUGGGCAUGGCAGGAGACCCCUUACCCCACACCAGCCUGUUUGUCCAUGUGGCGGUCACCAACCGGCGAGGAGGAGGGAAGGCCCAGCGUCGAGGUCUGUCAGUGAGGAGGGUGGGGCGGCGGGGGAGAGAGUACGUCACGCUGAGGCACACGGGCAUCAAGGUGGUGGAUGAGACUUUCAAACAGGCUAGUGCCCCUCUCAAGGAAGUGACGGACCUGCGGGAGGAAGCUCAGAGCACCACCGCCAGUUUCAAAGAGCAGUGUGGGCUCCCCACGGUGGCUAAACUGAAGCAGUGCAUCCAGAGCCUGGCCACAAGGCUGCAGAGCCCUGAGGGCACCAUGGGUGCCACCAUGGUGCUGAAGGAGGGCUACCCAUGUCUGGAGCCCCUGGUCAACCCGUCAGAGCCAACACGCAAACUGCUUUCUGCCUACGACAUGAUGAUUGCCGCCCAGAAACAGCUGAUUGAGAACGCAGACGGUGUUCAGGAGAGGAUUGCGCAGGUGCAGAGAGAAGGCAUGGUCUUCCAUGAGGAGCUUCCUCGGCUCGGGGAGAAGGAGGGAUUGAAAGGACGCAAGCAAAAUAAAGCAGUGGAGAGUUUUACCUGGAACAUCACUGUGCUGAAGGGUCAGGGCGAUCUGUUGCGGGGAGCCAAGAUGGAUUCUCUGGAUGCUCUGAGGCAGCUAGCUCUGGCCUGUGAAGCCUCCGGACUUACCUCCCCCUCCUCUUCCUCCAACUCAUCAUCCUCCACUUUCUCCACGGCCGAGCUGCACUACUCCUCCCACCCACUGGCUGCCCGCCGAAGCAGCACACAUGGCAACGGACGCAUCUGACAGCCCCCUGGGUCCAGCACGCUGCAAGAUUAAAAGGGAGUGGACAGAGUAAUUACAGAGGAUAACAGAGACGAGGAGAUAUGACAGAGAGAAAGACAGAGAGAAAAAAGGAAAAAGCUGGGUGUAAAAAGCCCCAGAGGAGACAGAGGAUUUUCUUUCUGGCAGAGUGUAUCCCUUUAUUCAGUGCAGUGAGCGUCUAGACUAGGCAAGACCAGAGCAGUAUAUCUGUUAAAGCCUUACAGUGAGUUCAUCAAUUUGUCAGUGAAGGUCCAGCCUGCAGAGAGGCCUUUCAUGAAUGUUGUAACUCCGUGGGUGGGAAGGCAAAGAAAGACACUCCACACGGGGACUUGAACUAUUGAUGAUUUCCCCCCCCCAACCCUAGAGAACACAUUGCAACCCAGCGACUUUCCCUCUUUAGAGAGGAAAUCGUUGACACCUGAAUAAUUUGUGACGACGGGGCUGUCGUGAAGCAGAUGAUUACGGCCCUGCUGGAGUUUUCUUUUAGAAGUGCAACAGAAUGCAGAAUGGGGGGAAUGUAGA